AUGUCUUUGGGGCAUAAGGCUGAGCUGGAGUUCCUAGCGUCCAUCUUCCACAAGGACCAUGAGCAGCUGCGCAUCGUGAGCUGGCACCUGGAUGAGCUGCAGUGCCAGUUCCUGUUGCCACCAGAGCCUGCAGGCACCCUGUCCUUGCCACCACAGCUCACCCUGAACUGCACAAUCCCUGAAUCCUACCCAUCUUCAUCUGCGAUAUGGUUUGUGGACUCUGACAAUCCAGAUGUCACAUCUAUCCUGGAAAGCCUGCAAGAUUCAAAGCCCAAAAGUUCGCUUUGUCAGCAGCUCAAAUGGCUGAUCUGUGAACUCUGCAGCUUAUAUAACCUGCCUGAGCACCUGGAUGUGGAGAUGCUGGACCAGCCGCUCCCCAUCUCUCAGGAGGCCACCAUCAUAGAGGUGACUUCAGAAGAGGAAGAUGCAGCCAAGGGGCUGGAAGACCUGGAUCAUUAUGAGCUGAAAGAAGAAGAGAGAAGUAGUGAGAAAAAAUCAGAUGAUGAAGGGCUUGAGGAAGAGCAUUUGGCAAUGUUAAGGAAUAUCAACAAGAAUCUAUGGAAAGCUCAUUCGAGUGGUACCACAUCUGGAUCACUGCUGGCCUCAAAUAGACUUAUGAAAGAACUCAGAGAGAUCUAUAGAUCACAGUGUUACAAAUCGGGGACUUAUUCUGUGGAACUGAUAAAUGACAAUCUAUAUGACUGGCACGUUAAACUGAAGAAGGUUGACCCUGAUAGUCCCUUGUACAGAGACCUUCAGCUCUUGAAAGAAAAGGAAGGCAUAGACUUUAUUUUGCUUAACUUCUCUUUCAAAGAUAAGUUUCCGUUUGCUCCUCCAUUUGUUCGCGUUGAGUUGCCUGUUCUCUCUGAUGGGUAUGUCUUGCCUGGAGGGGCGUUGUGUAUGGAACUGCUCACAAAACAAGGCUGGAGCAGCGCCUACUCUGUAGAAUCGAUCAUCAUGCAGAUCAGUGCCACCUUAGUCAAAGGCCAGGCCAGGGUAGACUUCAAAGCAGAUAAUCAAUAUGAUCUAAAAAAAGCCCAAAGGGCCUUUCAAAGAGCGAUGCGGGAGCAUGAGGAGAUAGGCUGGUUCACUCCUCCAAAGGAAGAUGGAUGA